AUGGCUGAAGUUCCCACCUUCAAGCUCGUCCUCGUUGGCGACGGCGGUACCGGCAAGGCACAGUCACCCAAAACUGACUGGAUAUCCGCAAAACAGACCACUUUCGUCAAGCGUCACUUGACUGGAGAGUUCGAGAAGAAGUACAUCGCCACUCUCGGUGUCGAAGUUCACCCUCUCGGCUUCACCACCAACCUCGGCCAGAUUCAGUUCGAUGUCUGGGACACCGCAGGUCAGGAGAAGUUCGGUGGUCUCCGUGACGGUUACUACAUCAACGGACAGUGCGGUAUCAUCAUGUUCGAUGUUACCUCGCGUAUCACCUACAAGAACGUCCCCAACUGGCACCGUGACCUCGUCCGUGUCUGCGAGAACAUCCCCAUCGUUCUCUGCGGUAACAAGGUCGAUGUCAAGGAGCGCAAGGUCAAGGCCAAGACCAUCACCUUCCACCGCAAGAAGAACCUCCAGUACUACGACAUCUCCGCCAAGUCCAACUACAACUUCGAGAAGCCCUUCCUGUGGCUCGCAAGAAAGCUUGUCGGCAACCAGACUCUUGACUUCGUCGCUGCCCCCGCUCUUGCUCCCCCAGAGGUCCAGGUCGAUGAGGCUGUUCUCAAGCAGUACCAGCAGGAGAUGGAGGCUGCCUCCAACAUGCCCCUCCCCGACGAGGACGAUGCCGACCUCUAA